CCUAGGCAGAGCUGCCGCUACAUAUAGGAGAAACAGCAGUGUCUACGGCUCCCACCCUCCAAGGGGGCCCGUGGGGGGCGGUGUCAGGAGCAUGGACACCACCCCCCAGGGGUCUCUGCUGCCGACUACUCUCCUCUCCACGUGCUCCCCUGCAGGACCGCUAGCGCCACCGAGGAGCCCCGCGAGGGGAGACGGGCUGCGGCCGCCGGGGCCCCCGGUGCUCUGCGGGUGUCCCCAGCGCUCGCAGUGACGCCGCGGCCGCCAUGGCGCAGGAGAACGCCGCCUUCUCGCCGGGGCCCGAGGAGCCGCCGCGCCGCCGCGGCCGCCAGCGCUACGUGGAGAAGGACGGCCGCUGCAACGUGCAGCACGGCAACGUGCGCGAGACCUACCGUUACCUGACCGACCUGUUCACCACGCUGGUGGACCUGCAGUGGCGCCUCAGCCUGCUCUUCUUCGUGCUGGCCUACGCGCUCACCUGGCUCUUCUUCGGCGCCAUCUGGUGGCUGAUCGCCUACGGCCGCGGCGACCUGGAGCACCUGGAGGACACCGCGUGGACGCCGUGCGUCAACAACCUCAACGGCUUCGUGGCCGCCUUCCUCUUCUCCAUCGAGACAGAGACCACCAUCGGCUACGGGCACCGCGUCAUCACCGACCAGUGCCCCGAGGGCAUCGUGCUGCUGCUGCUGCAGGCCAUUCUGGGCUCCAUGGUGAACGCCUUCAUGGUGGGCUGCAUGUUCGUCAAGAUCUCGCAGCCCAACAAGCGCGCCGCCACCCUCGUCUUCUCCUCGCACGCGGUGGUGUCGCUGCGCGACGGGCGCCUCUGCCUCAUGUUUCGCGUGGGCGACCUGCGCUCAUCGCACAUCGUCGAGGCCUCCAUCCGCGCCAAGCUCAUCCGCUCUCGCCAGACGCUCGAGGGCGAGUUCAUCCCGCUGCACCAGACCGACCUCAGCGUGGGCUUCGACACUGGCGACGACCGCCUCUUCCUCGUCUCGCCGCUGGUCAUCAGCCACGAGAUCGACGCCGCCAGCCCCUUCUGGGAAGCGUCGCGCCGCGCCCUCGAGAGAGACGACUUCGAGAUCGUCGUCAUCCUGGAGGGCAUGGUGGAAGCCACGGGAAUGACAUGCCAAGCUCGGAGCUCCUACCUGGUGGACGAGGUGCUGUGGGGCCACCGCUUCACAUCGGUGCUGACCCUGGAGGAUGGCUUCUAUGAGGUGGACUAUGCCAGCUUCCAUGAGACCUUUGAGGUGCCCACGCCCUCGUGCAGUGCCCGGGAACUGGCAGAAGCUGCAGCCCGCCUCGAUGCCCAUCUCUACUGGUCUAUCCCCAGCCGGCUGGAUGAGAAGGUGGAGGAGGAGGGGGCAGGGGAGGGGGCUGGAGGGGAAGCUGGGGCUGACAAGGAACAGAAUGGCUGCCUGCCACCCCCAGAGAGUGAGUCCAAGGUGUGACCAGUUUCCUCCAGACCCCUGUGACAGACCAGGGGCCAGACACAGGUAUGUGGGAGCUGGAUAUCAGAGGUGGAGGAGGAGGAAGCAGGUGAGGUCCCUGGAAAUGUGCUGAAAUUGGAGAGGCCCCUGCAGAAUUUCAAGUCUAGGAUCCACUAUGGAAAGGAGCGGUCCUGAUUUCAGGAAAAUGGAGGGUGGGGAUGGGUGAACACACAAGCCUGUCUGUGUUUGACCUUCACCUCUGUUCACGGGUGGAUGGAUGGACAGAAGGAUGAACUUAUGGAGGUUGGGUAGAAAGGUGGUGGCAAGUAAAGACAGCUGAUGGGACAGGUAAAUGGACCAAAGGACAUUUGGUGCACUGAGGGCUGCUGCUGACACAGAACACCUUGGUGCACGUCUUAGGAGGCACCUUUUCCUCCAGAGAGACGCAGCCUCAAACCAGGGUACAUAAUUCCAGGAAUAGAGUGUGGGAUGGAUUGCUGUCCCCAGUCACCUCUUCAGCCAGCAUCCCUGGGCAUGGCACACCUGUCUAAAUAGACACAGUAGCCCAAGUUGAACCAGAAGAGACAGAGCCGGCAGAUGGCACAGAUAAGGAGGUGCCCUCCCAAUUCCACCCCUGCCACUGUGACAGUGUGGUGGGCUGCAGGGGGCUUCAGCAAGGUGCGAAUGGCCUUAGUCCAUGGGUGGGCAGGCACAGGGAAGCAGGCCGUGAGGAGAGAUACUGCAGCUGGGAAAGGAGACCAGGGUGGCUAUUUUCUAACAGUGGAAGGAGACAUUACAGGAACUACUGCAGAGGCAGGAAGAUUGAGAGGUUUUUGAGGAGGAAAAAGGGCCAGGAGAGAGACCUAGACAGUGAGUUCACCAAGGCUAAGACACAGGGGGCUCCUGGGAAAGCAGAGUUUGUCCUCGGGCCACAGUAGGGAAGAGUCAUUCAAAUCUUUGCGUGCCACAGGGGGUGGACAUUCAAGGACCUGGUUCCUAUCCUGGGAAUAUAGGGCACAUGGGAAAACAGAGGGAUCCCCUGGGAGAUGUGGUUCAAACUGAAAACCUGAGCACGUUUGGAGGGUAAUCAGAAAGCUGGAACCUGGGUAAGGCUGCGGGGGGACGAUAUAAGCGGCAGUGAGAAGACCUCCACCCAGAGGGCUUGUUAAAACACCUGACUUAACUCUUAGGGCUUCUGCCUCAAUAGGUCUGGAGUGCAGACCAAAAAUGUGCACUUCUAACAAGUUCCCAGGUCAUUUUGCCUGCUGCCAGCCUGGGGACCACACUGAGAACCACUGCUCUGAGCAAAGACUUGGCAGCCAAAGGAGAUGUGGCAGGCAAGCCGGGAGAGCUGGGGAGAAGCUGAGGAACCUCUGGGACAGAGAAUCUAAGGGUGCAUAUCAGAGUAUCGUGUGUGGGAAAGGGGACCUGAAACCCAGCCUAAAGAGUUGAACUUCGGGCCCAGGAACUCAACUUUUGGUGCAAAAGGGACAGUGACAGCAGAGGUGGUGAUUGGGAAAAUGAGUGGGCCAGAUGGACAGGAGGAAGCAGAGAGAACUUAAAGGGGUUUCUGCAAGGUAAUGGGGAUCUGGGGCAGGAAGGGCUCUGGGGCAAAGGGUAGAAUCCCUAUAGGGGUGAGAGGCAGGAUUGAAUGUGGAGGAGACAGAAACAAGCAAGAAGCCCAAACUUCAAGGUGUGUGGGACCAGCUGUCUGCCCAGCUGGCAUGGGGUCCCUGGAGACACAUAUUUCUAUGCCAGUGCCAACCCUUUCCUGCUCUCAUCUAAGUCACCUGCAGUAGCCCCUGUAUGGUGAGGAGAGACAGUGGCAAUUUGGGAGGGGCAGAAGGCCAAGGGGACCCAAGAUGGGUCUCCUGGAGGAAGUGCAGGCCAGGCAAGCACGCCCUCAGACCAGGGCGCCAGGUCCCAAGCAGUACUACCCCAGCAAGGACCUCCUCCCUAGGUCCUGGCCACAUCCCACUCCUGUCCUUUAAUAAAAGUCUGAGCCCCUUGGGGGAAGCUCCCUGGUCUGCGGCAUUCCAGGCUGGGCAGCAGGGGUCUGGUGGGGCACCGUGUCUCCACUCCAGGGCACCACGUCUCCUGGAAGCAGGAAAAGGGGUCAUGGAGGGAGCCCAUCCCAGCUUGGCUCCACUCAGAGAGGACUCACACCCCAGUUCCUUUCCUUCAGGCUAGGCAUGGAUGUCAAGAACCACCUGGGUCACCCUUAGUGAAAGAUGAGGUCCUUAAACCUGGCAUUGGCUGGUCCCCAAGAACAGAUGUUGGGGUGCAGAAUGGAGACUCAUUUGGGUUUAACUGAAUGAAACAGGCACAGUCUGGACAAUAGGGGUGGGCUGAGUGGCAUCUGCACACACUCACAUGGAAGUUAAUCCACUGUAAUGGGACAGGCAGAGAAAAUGAGGUUGGAGUGGGCCCCUCCUUCCCUUGGAAGUCAGAGACACUGACGCAUGUCUCUUCACCACUGUCACCACUCAGGGCGCCAUUGUACAGUGCAAAGUCAGGAGACCUGUGUUCUAGUCCUGACACAGACUGUUGCUAAUUAGCUCUAUGACUCUGGGCAAGUCAAAUCACUCUCUGGGCCUGUUUCCUCAUCUGUAAAAAUGACACUUAGCAAACUAAUAAUGCUCAAUAAAUGUUUAAAUAACUGAAUGAAACAGGUAGACUGGAUACCUUUUAAGGUGCAAUGCAGUUAAGGAUUUCAGGAUCAGAGAAUCCUUAGGCAAAGAAAUUCAGGGAGCCCCUAGGGUGCUGAAGUGGGAGGAAGAAGCCGUGGGCGUGUACACAGGUGCAGCACUCUGGGGACCCACAGGCCCUGCCCUGACUGACGUAGUCCGCGCCACCUAGGCUCCAGGUGACUGUGUUCUGGGGCUUCUGUCCUUCUGUUGUCAGAUGGAAUAAUUAAGGUCAUAAGGGAAAAGACUGAGGCCCCAGGCCCUGGUGGGAAGCAUCAGAUCCAGAGAUCCUGACUAGGAGAAUGAGACGGAGUAGGAUGGAGUCUGGGGAGCUCAGAAAGGGCCCUAUCCCUGGAAGCACCUUCCCUAUAACAUAGGAGAGGGAUGGGGAUCUGGUGCCAAGCUCAGCUGGAACCCACCCUCCCUUUCUCUGUCCCCCUCCUCAAAUAGAAAUCCUGUCCAGAGUUAGGUCAGCACUGACAGUUCAAGCAGCAGAUGGAACCCAGGUGUUGCCUCCUGGGCUGGGUGGCAUGCGCUA